GCAGUCGGGCCGGGGUCGGGGGUCGCGCCGCUUCCCUCCCUCAGUGUGCGGGGCGCGGGGCGAGAGCGAGUCAGCGGGGCGAGAGCGAGCGAGCGGGCGCAGCGGCGGGCCAGGGCGACGAGCAACACGCGGGGGACCGCAGGACAAGAAGUAAGCCGUGGUGACAGCGCCCCGCUCGCGUCCCGGAGAUGCGAAUACAUACGAAAGAGGGUGCCAACAGGAUUUUGUAAAGGGCUCCGGGGGCCGGCGACACGCCAGCGGCACGCCAGCGGCACUGCUGGAUGCGCCGGGCGCACGCCGCGGGGACGGAGCCACGCAACGGGACACGCAACGGGCGGGGGACACGGCGGUGACGGUGACGGCCAGGAAGGUCGACGCGGUGGUGGUGGCCAGCGCUGCAGCACGCGCUGCCUGAGGCAGCCGCGGUGCCCGCCUCCUCCACUCCGACGGUAACAACAGCAGCAGGGGCAGCCCUCCUCCGCCACAGCUACCAUGCCGGGCCUUCCGCUCGGCCUGCCGGGCUGGGGCUCCUCCGGUGGCGGCGACCGCCGGGGCGACCGCGGCGUGCAGUACGCGCGCAUCGUCCCCGAGGCCGCGCAGGAGCCAACCUACGCCUACCUGGAGAUGGACUACGGCCCCGGCAGCACCUGCGGCGAAGACUGCUGGGACGAUAAGGAGCCCGGCUACGGGUUCGGCAAGGCGAGCGGGCGCUCGGGGCGCAGCAAGGGCCACGGCACCCACGGCAAGCGCGCCAGGGACGCGGGCUACAGCUCGCUGGCCAUGCCGGACGCGGAGCGCGACCGCGGCUACCGCACCCACCUCUUCCUGAACCCGUCCGGCUGCCAGAGCUGCGGCAGCGCCGUCGACGAGGACCUGCCGCCCGGGGCCGGGCUGCCGCCGCCGCCCUCCGCCGCGCCGCCCGCGCCCCGCCGCUCCUCCGUCACCCUCAUCAAGUGGCCGUCCACCAAGAGGAAGUCGUCGGGCAGCCUGAUGGGCGGCCGCUUCGACUCGCUGGACGUGUCGCCCGGCGCCGGCGGGCCCCCGACCCCCACCGGGUCGGCGUCGGCCUCCGCUCCGCCCAGCCGGCAGGUGAGCUUCAACAAGAACGGGCAGCAGCAGCAGCAGCAGCAGCAACCCCAGCAGGGCCGCGCCGCCACCAGCUCGCUGCCCAUGUCCCGCUCGGAGCCCGUGUCCCUCGCCCACCUGGACAGGGACUGCUUCAUCAUUCCGCUGCACGCCGUCGACCGCUUCCUGCCCGAGGGUGUGCCGAUGCCCGAGCCCGGCCAGCUGGGGCAGCUGAACCAGGCGGGGCAGCAGCAGGCGCUGCAGGGCGGCAACGGCAACGUCAAGGUGCUGGAGGUGGCGGACCCGCUGCUGUCCGUGCUGCUGCACCUCAUGACGCCCAUGGAGCCGCUGGAGCCGGCGCUCGAGUCACCGCUCGCCUCGCCGCACCGCCAGCAGGGGACGGCCUGCGCCGACCUGGUGCAGGAGGUCAGCAAGGGCAACUCGGCCGUCCGGGGCAUGCUGCUCACCAACAUGGAGAAGAACUCCGAGUUCCCCUACAUCUCGUACUACGUCAUCAACUCGGCGCAGACCGACCCCAAGGAGUUCUUCCGCUCGCUGCGCUCGGCGUCGCUGCGCAAGUUCGACCCGCGCAACAUCCGCUACACGGCCAACCACACGCUGGACCUGUUCAACGAGGUGGCCACCAUCGCGCGCCCGCCCUUCGACCCCGGCUACCCGUCGGCCGCGCGCCGCCCCGCCCCCGCCACCACGGGCUACAUUGUCUCCUUCUACAAAGUGUUCGAGGGCGACGACGGCCGCCGCUUCGAGAAGAACUGGCUCUACUGGACGGGUGCUCGCAUGCUCUACCGGUACCUGCCGCGCUCCGUCGGCCUGCGCCGCAUCACGCUGCACAAGUCAAUCUCGCAGGGCGACAAGCUCUACCUGCUCAUGGUGGAGUGCGCCAACUUCCUGGAGGACCUGUCGGCGGCCGCCGUCCUCAUCCCGGCGCUGCGCGCGCGCCUCUGCGGCUACACGGGCAUCUACCGCGCCGCGCCUCUGCCCGCCGCCGCCACCCCGAGCUGAGCCGCCGGCGGGGACGGCGAGGGGGAGGGGUGGCGGGGCGCCGUGUCGGCAGACCGCCGCCGUGCGCACUGAAGGGAAGGGUGGUGCGGGGAAGGCCGGGCCGCCCGCCGCGUAGGGCACCGUGCCCGAGUGGUGAGCGGCAAGGUGUGAGUCUUUGAAAUUCUGGCAGAGGCUGAGGGUGAAAGAUUGGAAAACAGGUCCACCUCUCUCGCCAUCACGCGCAUUGACGCCACGCCACGCCACGCCACGCCGCCGCGCAGCCCCGCUACGCCUUGGCCUCCGCCUCGCCACUAGCUCUAGUCGAUGCACUUGGGACCAAAGCACGGGCGCUUCGUUCCGCGCCGUGCACCUUCAAUGCAACGAGUAUUUCAUAGGUCAA